GAUAAUGUGAAUGUCAAAGAUAAAGGAGUUUGAGUCUUGUUUACGCCAUACGGGGUUCGUCCUUAUUUAUUCCACCCUGUUCUUCUCUCCAUUGGUAUAAGGAAACCCACAAAUUUUCCUUCUCAGUCUGCACUCCUCGCCAAUCUCUGCACCCUUUUCUUUCUUUUCAGUCAUUGUUUCUUGUUCUUGUUCUUGUUGUUUGGUUGAUUGGUUUUUAUUAUUUUGUCUUUCUUUUAGUUUGAUGGGUGUAUAAGAAGUUUACAUCACUUACUUUGGAUUCUGCCUCAAUUGGGUUUCGACACUUUGAACUGCCUGCUGCUGUUGUGUUGCUGCUACAAGUACAAAGGCUUUCUUGCUUCAAGUGGCGUGUGCUUUUUUGAAGAUGGAAAAGAUUAAUUUUGUCAAAAAUGGAGUUUUAAGAUUGCCACCGGGAUUCCGUUUUCAUCCCACUGAUGAAGAGUUGGUUGUUCAGUAUUUGAAGCGCAAGGUUUUUGCUUUCCCCUUGCCUGCUUCUAUAAUUCCUGAAGUUGAUGUCUGCAAGUCUGAUCCUUGGGAUUUGCCAGGUGAUUUGGAGCAAGAGAGGUACUUUUUUAGCACGAGGGAAGCAAAAUACCCAAAUGGGAACAGAUCCAAUAGAGCUACUGGCUCUGGUUAUUGGAAGGCCACUGGACUUGACAAGCAAAUUGUAACUUCCAGGGGCAACCAAAUUGUGGGCAUGAAAAAAACUUUGGUUUUUUAUGGGGGGAAGCCACCGCAUGGUUCAAGAACCGAUUGGGUUAUGCAUGAAUAUAGGCUUGUUGGUUCGGAGACAACUCAAAAUAAAAGCUCAAACCAGAGCCCUGUGAUGGUGGUCGAAAAUUGGGUUCUAUGCCGGAUAUUCUUGAAGAAAAGAAGUUCUAAAAAUGAAGAUGAGGAGACUUGCAAUGCUAAAGGAAGCCGUAAAUCGAGGACCAUCAAGCCUGUUCUCUAUGAUUUUAUGAAAAAAGAAAGAGCUGAUUUGAAUCUGGCUCCUUCUUUUUCUUCUUCUUCAGGGACAAGUGGAAUCACUGAAAUUUCUUCCACUGAAUCAGAUGGUCACGAAGAGAGCAGUUGCAAUAGCUUCCUUUAUUUCAGAAGAAAACAGUAAACAAAUAAAUUAUAAUUUCCCUCUUUUGUACUGGCUGUACCAGUAAUUGCUGGUCUUCCGAUCAAAAAAAAAAAAAGUCAGAAUAAGCAUUUUGCAAUCCAUUGUUUGGUCAUUUAAGUCUCAACUUUGUUGUCUCAGAUUAUCAAUUUACAGAACGAGAUCUCAAUGGAAGAAAAGCCUCCAAAAAAACAACUGCAUUAGUUGUUAUCAGUAAUUUCAAAGAGCAAUGUAUUUUAACAAAUUCAAGUCAACUUGACUGUAAUCAUCAAUAAAUCCCGGAUCUCAUUAUGUUCUUA